CCAGCCUGCCCCCUGCCCCCACCCCACCCGCAGCAGCGCUGUUGGCCAGGACUUUGGUCCAGACUAGGCGGCGGCUUUGGAGAGAAGGGGGCCCCAGAGCUAUAAAGGCUCUUGGCUGCUUCAUCUCCUGAGGACAGCACCCCAGCCUGCCAGAGUCACAGCCUGCAUUCCAGGUGUCCGGUCACACCAUGGGCCUCCGAUUCCUGCUGGCUCUGUUCCUUGUCUUCCUAGUACUGGGACACGAGGCCCAGGGGUCCCUGCUGGAUGGGCUGGAGCAGCCUGCCAGCCCAGCUCUGCUGGCCCAGGUCCAAGAAUCCCUUUCCACAUACUGGGACACAGCCAGGGCCGCCGCACAGGAUCUGUACGAGAAAACUUACUUGAACAGUGUGGAUGAGAAGCUCAGGGACAUGUACAGCAAAAGCUCGGCAGCCAUCACCACGUACGCUGGCAUCUUCACGGACCAGCUCCUCACCAUGCUGAAGGGAGAAUAAUUCCCAUCACAGGAGAGGGGGACCACGCUUCUGAACCCCUCCAGGGACUGGCUUGAGCUCCCCAUCCCAGCUGCUCUCAUUUUGUUGUCCCCUGCCACACCCACCCAUACUUGCCUGGAUUCUUUCAGAUGAAGGAAAACAAUAAAAACACACACCAUUUACUCUUUCA